AUAUUUUGAAGAUCAUCGUCUCUGACUAUAAGUUUUGCAACACAUUUUUCAACCUCUUUGACUUGGUAACAUCUCCGACCCCUUACAACAAACACUUUCCACUGACAUUUUGUGGUUGAUGCUCGACCACCUCGUUGCUGUCUGAUGGCCACGCCCCAGCUCCGUUUGAUGCAUCGCUUCUCCCUCGUGCUGUUUCUGCUGCUGCUGCUGUGAAACUGACAGUGUGCGCAGGCCAGCAGCUCGGCAGCACGUCCCAGCAACAGAUUACUGGAUUUCACACAACUCAGAUUCUGCUUCGUGUGUAAAACAUGAACCUCAGUCUUCCAGACCAGAACAUGCACAGCUCCUCUGAAAGCUGCCUGGAGGACGACAAACCUGACGUUAUGCUGCCGUGCUUCCGCAGAAACAUGUUCGACGAGCCCCUUGCAUCGUACUCCAGUGGAUCCAUCAUCUCCCAACUCCUCCGCAAGACGAUCCACAACAAGAGGGCACUAGAUGAAAGCCAUUUCUUUCUCUCCAGCUCUGCUCCAGCUGACUCCGGCCAGGAGGACCAGAGCAGUGUCUCCUCAAAGGACAGCACGGUGGAAGCUGCUUCUCCAAGUGCUCACAUAUCCACAGGAGGCAGCCCGGAGGGAGAGCAUCCCAUCACUGAUCACCUGCAGGCCAAGAGGGCCCGAGUGGAGAACAUUAUCAGGGUGAUGGCGGGCUCUCCUAACAGCAGGCAGCAUGGAGACAGUGAGAGGUCAGACACAGAUGUCAGAGACCCCAGAGAGACCAGAGAGACGUACAGGGAGAACAAACGCAAACAGAGGCUGCCUCAGCAUCAGGAUCACAGUGUCGGAGGAGCAGCUUACAGAAGUACUAAUAGUGAUACAUGCAAGACUAAGGAUGAGGAGUGUCACAAGCUGAAGGAGCAGCUCCACAGCAUGCAAAGGCUCCUCCGCCAGCUGCAAGAAAAGUUCCUGCAAGUUUACAACCAAGAGGACCCUGAACACAACGACACAGAUGAGAUAGAAGUGGCUGUUGAGCGUGACAGUUUGGGAGAAAGCUACAUAAACGCAGAAGAGGAUUUUGACAGGAAGACUAAGGACAGAGUGAAAGUUGGUUAUCUGGUCCACCAGAGAGAGAGCCAGAACCUGCAGGAGACCCUGAAGCAGGAGCUCUCCCAGGCUGUGAAUGACUGUGUGGACAGGGUCUUCAAAAAAGUGUCCCCCUCAGGGCUGGAUCUGCCCCCCCAGCAGCACAUGUGCUCCUCUCCAGAGCUGCAGAUCAGCAUGGGGGCAGACAGGAAGAGCCAGCAGGCCAGCUCUACCCAGGAGCAGCCCCUGGCUGAGGAGGCCACAGGGAAACCCCGUUCUUUGGAGUAUUACGAAAGCUCCGAGACUCAGAGCCCGCAGGACCAGACUGAGGCGCUGUCCCUGGUGGUCCGCAAGCCAGCAGUGACCCCUAUGAGUUCAGUCACCCCAACAGUGAAGAGGCCCUAUCCUGUGCACCAGACACCAUUUCAGUUUAAUUACCCCACCCCUCUGCAUGACAGCCAGAUCCUGGAGCAUCUUCUGAAGUACGGGCCGCAUUCCAGCUUCGGAGGUCUCCCCUGCAUGGCCCCCUCUAUGGACAGAACCUCUCCUGACUCUAUGGAACUGCCCUGGGAAGCCAUCUCCAUGAGGUCUAAGGUGACGUCCGGCCACAUGGGACACCACCCUCGUUCCUCCGCCCUGGGGGGAGUGACGGUUGACAAUCUGUGUCUCCCUCACGUGAAGAUUGAGUGUGGAGAGCUGCAGAGCAUGGAACGAAACCCCUACAUGUCACUCAAUAUCCAGGAGGGUCUCACCCCAAGCCACCUGAAGAAGGCAAAGCUCAUGUUCUUCUACACCCGAUACCCCAGCUCCAACGUGCUGAAAACCUUCUUCCCUGAUGUAAAGUUCAACCGCUGCAUCACCUCUCAGCUCAUCAAGUGGUUCAGUAACUUCAGGGAGUUCUACUACAUCCAGAUGGAGAAGUUUGCCCGUCAGUGCAUCGCGGACGGCAUCAGUGAUGUCAAAGACAUUACAGUCAGCAGAGACUCAGAGCUGUUCCGAGCACUCAACAUGCACUACAAUAAAGCCAAUGACUUCCAUGUUCCAGACAGAUUCCUGGAGGUGGCUGAAAUCACUCUGCAUGAAUUUUACAAUGCCAUCUCUGCUGCCAAAGAUUCAGACACCUCUUGGAAAAAGGCCAUAUACAAGGUGAUCUGUAAACUGGACAGCGACGUGCCGGAGGAGUUCAAGACAUCUUCCUAUUUAUAAGCUCAAGCUGAGAACAGAAAAGGAAAUAAAGGUAGUAACUGGACAGAAUUAUUUCAUCCUUUCUUGUAGUGCAUUUAGGUGAGGUGAAAUGUAGAUGGACAUUUUGUAGAUCUGUAAAAGCACACACAAAAAAAAACAUUUUAAAAAGUAGUCUUAAAUGCUGUAUGUUCUACUUUGACCAACAAGCUAAUGAAUAUUGAUAGUCUUGUGGUUUAUUCUAUUGUUUAGUGUUUACUUACAGUGUAUAAUCUGCCUCAUGACAUUUAGAGAGUUUGUAGGUGUGUAAAAAUGUUUACAAGUGUUAUCAUUCUCAUCAGUAUUAUGAAACUAUAGAGUAGUCUGAUUUUUAUUGAACUGGAAGAGGUUUUUGACAUCACCGUCAGCAUUAUUUUGCUUUAAUUCUCUUUUAUUUUCUAGCUGUGUGCGAAGUGUAAAUGUUCACGUGCUGCUGUUGUAUGUUUUGUUAUAAUUAUGUUGUAAGCUUGACAGAAUGUGCAUGUGAAAACACUGCAAGAGGCUGUCAUGGGUUUAUUAUCAUGUAUAAAGGUCAUGUAAAGUACAAUCCUUUUCACAUUUCAGUCACAGAAACUGUACUGGAUGAUUAUUGAAAUUAAAGAUGCACUAAAGUACAAUGUAAA